CCUUUUACCACCUCCAUACCCGCGGACGACGCUUUGUCUGGGGGCGAGGCUGAAUUAGCUCUGGAGCUUGUUGAAGCGGGUUUAGCCGCCUGUAACUGCCCACCUGACGACUCCGCGGCUAGCGAGCAGCUAGCUUUAGCUGACAGUGGAUGAAUGAGCUGCGGGCGGUUCCCCGACCCGCCUCGGUUCCGACUGUCCCGUGGUGGCUGUAGCGUCUGUCCGCGGACCGAGAGGUUGAAAUAACGUGAGCCUCGUCCAGCAUCAUGGGGAAGAAGAGUCGACUGAAGACUCAGAAGUCCGGCUCCGGGGCCAGCACCGUCGUCUCCCCCAAGGAGAUGCUGAACCUGAUCUCCGAGCUGCUCCAGAAAUGCAGCGGUGCAGCGCCCUCUGCUGGUAGAGAGUGGGAGGAGUAUGUCCAGAUCAGAGGUUUGGUGGAGAAGAUCAGAAAGAAGCAGAAGGGUCUGUCCGUGAUGUUUGAAGGCAGCAGGGACGACUACUUCUCAGAGCUGAUGACCUGGGCUCAGGAGAACGGGGCUUCCUGCGACUGCUUCACUGUGACAAACUUCGGGUCAGAGGGCUACGGGCUGCAGGCCACCAGAGACAUCAAGGCAGAAGAGCUGUUCCUGUGGGUUCCCAGGAAGAUGCUGAUGACGGUGGAAUCGGCCCAGAACUCUGUCCUAGGUCCUCUGCACAGUCAGGACCGGAUCAUGCAGGCCAUGGGCAAUGUGACGCUGGCUCUCCAUCUGCUGUGUGAACGAGCCAGCUCUUCCUCCUCCUGGCUGCCGUACAUCCGUAGUCUUCCUCAGGAGUACGACACGCCGCUGUACUACCAGCAGGACGACGUGGAGCUGCUCCUGGGAACGCAGGCGGUGCAGGACGUCCUGAGCCAGUACAAGAACACGGCACGGCAGUACGCCUACUUCUACAAACUCCUGCAGACCCAUCCUGCUGCCAGCAAGCUGCCCCUGAAGGACAGCUUCACGUUUGAUGACUACAGGUGGGCCGUGUCCUCCGUGAUGACCCGUCAGAACCAGAUCCCCACCGAGGACGGCGGCCGGGUCACUCUGGCCCUCAUCCCUCUGUGGGACAUGUGCAACCACACAAAUGGACUGAUCACCACCGGCUACAACCUGGAGGACGAUCGCUGUGAGUGUGUGGCGCUGCGGGACUACAAAGAGAGCGAACAGAUCUACAUCUUCUACGGAACCAGGUCCAACACCGAGUUCGUCGUCCACAACGGGUUCUUCUUCCCAGACAACGCCCAUGACAGGGUGAAGAUCAAGCUGGGUGUCAGUAAGAGCGAGCGUCUCUACGCCAUGAAGGCCGAGGUUCUGGCCCGCGCCGGCAUCCCGGCGUCCUGUGUCUUCGCUCUCCACUGCAACGACUCUCCCAUCUCGGCUCAGCUGCUGGCCUUCCUCAGAGUCUUCUGCAUGACAGAAGAGGAACUGAAGGAUUAUCUGUUGGGCGAUCACACCAUCAACAAGAUCUUCACCCUGGGCAACGGCGAGUUUCCUGUCAGCUGGGAGAACGAGAUCAAGCUGUGGACCUUCCUGGAGAACCGAGCUGCUCUUCUGCUGAAGACAUACAGAACCACGUCUGAGGAGGACCGCUCUCUGUUGGAGAAGCCGGAUCUUUCCCUCCACUCACGUCUGGCCAUCCAGCUCCGUCUGGCGGAGAAGCAGAUCCUGGAGAAGGCGUCGACCAGCGGCGCGGACAAACGUCUCUACUUUCAGAAGAAACUGGAGGACGGCGCCGCGCUGCCUCGGUUUCAGGAAAGCGACAUUUCUUUCCUGGAAAAUGACACGGAUGCCAAACUUCCCAUUCUCCUGGGGAGGCUGGAGGAAGAGGAGGAGAGUGGGGGGGUCCAGGCUGAGGAGUAUCUCCUGAAUGGAGAGAAGGCAUCCUGUGGGAUGGGGGCGGAGCCUGGUGGAGACGCCGUCAGCAGACAGGAUGCAGGUUCAGAGCAGGAGGACCAGAUGGAGUCUGCUGAACGAACUGAAGCGCAUCCCAAAGAGAAGCAGGAAUGAACGAUCCACUUCCUGCCGCCGCUCCUGCCCGUUAUUUAAUGUUUUCUCCUAGAUGGAAGCUGAAGGAAGGAAGUGUGGGAUGAUCCAGCGUGGCUUUCUGUAGAUGUUCUUCACCAGAGGAGCUCUGAUUCAUCCUGUCCGACAGGAACGCCUCGGAAAGUUUCAGCGGGAGUCGGUGUUCGGGUGAAGCUGGACCGCUCCGUGUCCGGUCCGUUCUGAGUUCUCUUCCUGCUGCCUCCCUGAGUUCAUGGAGUCGGAUGAAUCCGUCUCCGCUGGCGACGAGCAGGACGCGCUGAUGAAGUAUCGGGUGAAUGUAUCGUAAACCGGGCCGGUCUCUGCUCAUAAAGCCAUACUAGGACUCAGUGGGAAUAAGGAAUGUCGUCAGGUUUUCCCUUCUGGAGCAGGACUUUAGGAAAACACCACCCCGUGCUUUCUCCUCUGGGAAGAAACUGUUUCCACCCUAAAUGUUCAAAGAUGUGUCGGAGCCGUUUAACACGGCUCAAGGACUCGAUCCGACUCCUCUGGACCGGUUCAGAACAGGUUUAAACAUCCGAACCGGACCCGGUCCCAGCGCUAGCUUCCCAAACAUCUGGUAAGAUCCCUUGUGGAGGCUGUGGAACCUGUCCUGAUCUGUCCUUCUGAACCGGUUCUGAUGCAGUCAGAGAAUAAACAUCAUCCCUUUCUCA